GUAUAUUGUGCAACACCCCAAAAAGGUCGCCCAGUCGCGUGCCUUAGGAUACACACCGCUUAGUUUCUAAUCGUUGGCAAAAGUGUUAACCGCAAAUUUCCUGAAAAUAUUUUCUUGUAAUCGCGAUACACAGAAGAUUUUAUCUGUGCUUAAAGAAGCGAGCAUAGAAACAAUCAACACUUCCAAGGAUCAAUCGCUUUACCAAAUAUUUACCAACUCGGUAUAAGAGAUUUGACAUCAGUCAACGCCUCUUUGUUCGAUUGACAUCAUUGUUCAGAUAUCAUUUUCAACUCGGGGCCUGUAUAACAAGGCUAAUUCUCAUUGAUAGCACACACUUUGCAUGUGAUAGAAUGAUGAAGCUUGUCUUGUGUUUCUUGGUGUCGUGGUUUACAAUAUCGCAGGCUGGUCCAAUCCCCUGGAUCAAGACUGGUGAUGAAGCUCCUGGUUUUAGCCUGCAAACACAAAAAGGGCUGUUGACGUUCAAGAAAGGCCAUCAACCAAACCUAAAUGUGCCUGUUAUCUUUUUUGCGUUUUCGAACGAGUCUGCUUUCAUGGAGAAUAUGUUUUUGGAUCCUGGACAGUUUAUGAAUGACCUGUGCGAGUAUUCUCCCGACAAUACUCAAUACGUCUUUAUUUUUUACGAGAACGCACGAUUGGAUCUAUCUGGUGGUAAAGACAAUGGCCAUGCCUUGAAGGACAAGCUCAUAUCGGGAUUUGCUCAGUAUAACUUUCACAAGUGGCGUAGGUACACAGUCAUGGAGAAAAGAAGGCUGCAGCCCAUGAAAAACUACAAAUUUAAGCAUAUUUCGACUCAACAAUUUUUAGAAGGCUACAUGUCCAGGCUCCACUUUGUGAGAUUCACGGUUCACCUUCUAGGAAACUGGAUACCAAGAGUUCUCUCUCAAUUGCACUGCUAUGGACCAUUUUGUGGACUCCAACAAAUAUCCAUAGAGAACGAAACUGGAAACGUACAAAGUGUAAUGCGACGUCUUGACGCAAGGUAUACAUGGCUACCUUCAUUUGAUAACCUUGGGUCCAGGCGUUAUAUGCUAGUUUCCAUUGUCAACGCAUGCGCACCAGUUUUUAACGUGGAUGUCCGAGGCAGAUUGGCACUAGUUCACAUUGGCUCUGGUAAAUGUUCCGCGUUUGCUAAGGUAAAAUAUGCACAGGAAAAUGGCGCUAUUGGUGUUAUCUUCUAUGACAAAGACAUCCCAAAAGAGCUUGACUGUUAUGGUACAGAAUGCGAGACGUACCUUUCAAUCCCUGCUUGCGUCAUCUACGAUCAGUAUAGCGCCUUUGUAGGUCAGCAACCUAUACCUCCUGAUGAAGCGUAUAUUCGCUUCCAGACCACUCCCUCAGAUACGUUCACAUUUGGUAUAGAUGGCCAAGGCCGAGUGCAAGAGACUGACUGGUUUUUAUACCCCAGCAUGCGUUUUGCUGGCUACCAGGCACAGUGGUUUAAUUAUUUGACUAAAUUUGUCAAGAAUACCACUGGAGAUGGAAAGAUUUUGACUAUAUUUAAAGAUCACCUGUUAACGCCUUCAACCGAUGGAACCUUUACAUCGUCUACAGAUGUAGCUGUUCCUUCAUACAAAGAGCUUGUGCUGUAUCAAAACGUUGAGGUUGAAAUGUCUCUACGAUGUCCUGGUACUGGACCAAGAGCUUGUACAAGAUGGGAUCACGUGAUUAGACUAUUUAUCAGCUGUGAUGGGAAGAUUAAUAACGAAUUAACUCGAUGGAUAGCUGCUUUUGAAAGGAGAGGUAUGUCUUGGAUAACCCCUAUCAGAAGUAUGCUACCACUCUUGAAGACCAACAACACUUGUAGAUUCUCCCUCAUAACUGAGAGCUCAGUUCAACCGUGGCUUAUAACAGUAAAACUCAGGUUCUAUGAAAAAUUCAACAAAAACAUGUCCUUUAAUUCAUGGAAUCAAAUUGAGAAAGAACUUAUCCCCGUUCAGAUUAGAAGUCUUUUCACGGGCUGCUUUUUUGAUGAAAACUGUAACAAGGGUUAUUCACCGAUCACAUUUAAUGUCCCUUCAAAGAUCGCUCGGGUAAAACUUGUCGCAACAAUCACUGGACAUGGUCAUGACAACAACAACUGCGCAGGAAGCUGUUUAACAACUCAUCGCUUCAUAAUCAAUAAUAAUACUGAUUYUAUCCAAACAAGGUUAUACAAAAACUCUGCCACAUCGUUGGGAUGUCAAGCGGAUCUUGCUUCAGAGAACGCAAAGAGUAAAUGGAUGCGUUCUCGUGAACCAUUUUGCGAUGGUCAGGAAGUUAUCCCAUGGCAAGUCGACAUAAGUGAAUAYGUUAGGUUUUCCAGGUUCGGCAGUACUAAAAACACCAUUCAAUACCGAGCAUUAUUAAAUGGGACUGAUAACAGACCAAUCCAAAAUCCUGGCAAAAUCCUUAUGUCCAGUUAUUUGGUAUACUAYGUCUAUGAGGACCUCACYUCGAGUGUUGGAUCAGGAGACUGGUUCUAGUGAGGAUACCUGUGAACUAUGCUAUGAAUUGGAACGGCCAAAAUGGACAUUGCAUUUUAAGUUAUUGCUUAUGGAAGUAAAACAGCUUUUUUAGAUUAAUAUAUUCUUGUAAAACGUCAAAUUGUAGUUGGGCCAGUCUGGAAACGAUGUGGCCGGCUGCACUCUGCGCCAAGGGCAGGCUCCCUUAUAAGAUGAAUUGAUGUUUGUCAUAGCAUUUAGAGGUUAAAGUCGGUAUCUUGACCAUGAGAGCUUUUGUGUUGUUAGGAAUACUAUCCAUUGUCAAUGUUUAGGAAUAUCCUAUACGCUGACAGCAUGGCGCUAUAUGUAUUCAGUAUGCAAACAUAAUCUAAUGGUCCGUCCCUUUCCAUAAACUAAGACACUUAUAAAGACUUUAAUGAAAUGAAUAUUUCUUAACUCGCAAGUGCCUGAAAAUGCUUAAGGUGCUCAAAGAAUAGUAUAUUGGCAAUACAUUAAUAAUAUUCAUUCCUACAGUAGAUCGUAUUUGUGUUUAAAUGAUGUUAAUCAAAAUUUGUAGGCUAUGUGAACUGAUAUAAAAGUUAAUCAUUUUUGUGUGUGUGUGA